AUGGAUAGCGCUACCAAAGUAUUGCUCAUUCCAGAGCUGCUAGAAGAAAUUCUUCUACACCUUGACAUGACAACGUUGCUCGUGUCCGCGCAGCGCGUGAACACACUUUGGUUUGAUGUCAUAAGCCGGUCGAAGAGACUUCAACAGGCCCUAUUCUUUACACCCAUUACACCCUCACUGAAGCCUUCACUGGCUUACUCGAACCCGAAAAAAUUCCCUCUCAGAGGUCACAGUCCCUACCACAAAGAAAUCGUGUCGACAUUGAACCCGUUACUACAAAAACACUUCGGCCCGGUGUUUUUCUCCAGCGGGAGUAGUCCUUGCAUUCUCAACAAAAACAACUUCUCCAAAUCUCUCAACUGGGGACCCGACUAUCGUGACGAAGAUGGCGAGCCGGCCAAACUUCUUUCCCGACACAAAGCAUUCACUCGAGCCGGUGCCAGCUGGCGGCGCAUGCUUGUCUCACAACCCGCACCACCAGCGUUAGGCUUUGUUUGGUGGGAACACCGGAGUCGACUACAAAAUGUCUACGAGUACAUCAUCCGCCAAUCUCGCUGCUCCUCGCCUCCAUCAUCUGUCUCUUCCGCCUCCUCCGCCGCAUCAUUAUCCUCCGCAUCAUCAACGUCUUCUACAGAAUCAUCCGAGUCACUCCCUCUCUCAGAAACCGGCCUUCGUUUUGGUUCGCUGUACGAUCUCGUUCAGGACCAGACCAGUGCGACUCUCAAUCUUGGGUUCUAUGUUGGCUGGGGAAACUACAUUCCAGUUGGAACGGAAGUAGCUUCUUUGAGUGAGGAACUUCUCAAAGAGACUAGUGUUGUUGUUCAAUUCUUCCCAGAUGUUCGAUCAGAAUGUGGAGAUCUUGCAGAUGUGAAGACGUGGGACGAUACCUUCCGGAGUGAGGAUUUCCAACUUCCAGAUAGUGAGCUCGUGGACAAAAGGGUCUUUGAAUAUGGCCCUUGA